GCUUUGGAUGCACCUAUAUUCAAAGAAGAACGUGGGUGUAAUGCUUGAAACUAUCGUGUUUUGAUUUUCUGAACACUGUCAGAGGAUGAUGGAUAGAUGGAUUGUACUUCAAAGCUUCGGCUUUGUCUUUUUCUUUGUUGCGGUGCACUACGCACAUGGAGACCUGAGCUAUUCUGUACAGGAGGAGCUCAAGCGCGGAUCUGUUAUUGGAAAUAUCGCCAAGGAUCUCGGCCUGCAGGUGGGCAGACUGUCUGCUCGGAAAGCUCGUGUGGACAUGGAGGGAAACGACAGACAAUAUUGUGGGAUUAACCUUCGAAGCGGAGAUUUAAUCGUUGCUGAAAGAAUAGACAGAGAGGAGCAUUGUGGAGAAAAGCCUUCGUGUGUUCUCAAAUUCGACCUGCUGUUAGAGAAUCCACUGGAAUUGCACCGGCUAUCUCUGCAGGUACAGGACAUAAACGACAAUGCGCCAGUUUUCCCGAAGGAGAGCGUAAAGCUGGAAAUUACAGAGUCAGCUGACAAAGGAGCGAGGUAUCGCAUUAAUGCAGCACACGAUGCUGAUAUAGGCAAGAACGCGGUUGAAAACUACAUUUUGCAACAAAACCCUCAUUUUGUGUUCAGUAUUCAGACGACCAAUGCUGGUAGUAAAUACGGUGAGCUGGUUUUAGAUAAAGAGUUAGACCGAGAGGAGCAGCAGGAAAUAAAAUUAUUGCUCACAGCUGUGGAUGGUGGCUCUCCUCAGAGAUCAGGGACUAGAUCAGGGACUGUAGUCAUACACGUCAUUGUGCUUGAUGCUAAUGAUAACGCCCCAGUUUUUACUGAGGCUGUAUAUACAGCCAUGUUACCGGAAAACUCACCGAUGAAAACCCCAGUUAUCACUGUGAGUGCAUCAGACGCAGACGAAGGUGUAAACGGAGAGGUCACAUAUGAAUUUAGCCGAUUGUCUGAUAAAUCACGAAAGCUUUUUUCACUAAAUGAGAAAACUGGAGAAAUUAGUGUGACGGGUAACAUAGAUUAUGAAGAGGGAUCGAAAUAUGAAGUAAUGGUUGAGGCCAAAGAUGGUUAUGGUCUCUCUUCUGAAGCCAAAGUCAUUAUUGAUAUAACUGAUGUGAAUGACAAUGCCCCGUUGAUUUAUCUUAAAUCACUGACUAACCCCAUACCUGAGAAUGUGUCACCUGGUACAGAGGUGGGCAUCAUUAACGUGCAGGAUAGAGACUCUGAGAAUAACAGACAGGUCCGCUGCUCCAUUCAGCAAAACGCCCCUUUUAAGUUGGUUCCUUCUAUUAAAAACUAUUAUUCUCUGGUGACCACAGGACAACUGGACCGUGAAGUAGUGUCUGAUUACAACAUUACAAUCACUGCCACUGACGAGGGCUCUCCACCUCUGUCCUCCUCUAAAACUGUUGAGUUAUCUGUAGCAGACAUCAACGACAACCCACCUGUGUUUGAGGAACAGUCGUACAGCGCAUAUGUGAGUGAAAAUAACAAACCUGGCUCCACUUUAUGUUCCGUUAGUGCUCGAGACCCCGACUGGAGACAAAACGGUACAGUGAUUUAUUCUCUGUUACCCGGUGAGGUGAACGGUGCCCCGGUGUCCUCCUAUGUGUCUGUUAACGGAGACACGGGGGUGAUCCACGCUGUGAGGUCGUUUGAUUAUGAACAGUUCAGGAGUUUUAAAGUCCACGUGAUGGGCAGAGACAACGGUUCUCCUCCGCUGAGCAGCAACGUGACCGUCAGUGUGUUCAUAUCGGAUGUGAAUGACAACUCUCCUCAGAUACUGUACCCCGGGCCGGAGGGCAACUCCUUCAUGACCGAGCUGGUCCCCAAAGCUGCACACGGAGGCUCUCUGGUGUCCAAAGUGAUAGCGGUGGACGCGGACUCCGGACAGAACGCCUGGCUGUCCUAUGAUAUAGUGAAAUCCACUGAUCCGGGCCUUUUCACUAUUGGUGUCCACAGCGGAGAGAUCAGGACACAGCGGGACAUUUCCGAGUCUGACAGCAUGAAACAGAACCUGAUUGUGUCAGUGAAAGAUAACGGACAGCCCUCUCUGUCUGCCACCUGUUCCAUGUAUUUACUGAUUUCUGAUAACUUGGCUGAGGUGCCAGAACUGAAGGACAUUUCUUAUGAUGAGAAGAAUUCCAAACUGACGUCUUAUCUGAUCAUCGCGCUGGUGUCUGUGUCGACGUUUUUCCUGACCUUCAUCAUCAUCAUCCUGGGUGUGAGGUUUUGUCGCAGGAGAAAGCCCAGACUGUUGUUUGAUGGAGCAGUUGCCAUCCCCAGCGCUUAUCUCCCUCCUAAUUACGCAGAUGUUGACGGCACAGGAACUUUACGCAGCACUUACAAUUAUGACGCCUACCUGACAACAGGUUCAAGAACCAGUGACUUUAAGUUCGUGUCAUCUUACAAUGACAACACACUGCCUGCUGACCAGACUCUGAGGAAAAGUCCAUCAGACUUUGCUGAUGCCUUUGGAGAUUGUGAUUCUUCUCCUGAGGUAGGGACACAUUUUAGAUUGUUCAACUUGCGUUCAUAGUCCCGACGACGCCAUUCUGCAAUUUGCUUUAUA